GCUUCUACCUAGCUCGGCAAGCAGACCGGCGGUGAAUUCUGGGACGAGGACAAGGUGUUCGAUGAAAUGCCGCCGUCGGGGCUUUUGGCUAGGCGAGUCGUAUCUGGGAGCGAUGAAACGCUGGCGAGGUCUCUGCGUCCUCUCAAGGCAUGGACAAGAUGGCUGCACGGCGGCAAGGAGCCACAGGAAGAAGAGAUCCCGUACGCCGACGUUCCCCGGCCUGGCAGGAAGUGGGAGCGGAAGCCGUACGUGACGCCGAUGAAGGUGCUUAUCCGGAAGGCCAAGGAGGAGAGGCGUGUCAGGCAGGAGAGCCCGUGCCGCGUGCUGGAGCACCCGCCUGACAACGGCCUCCUCGUGCCGCACCUCGUCAAGGUCGCGCACCAGGUUCACAAUGCGAGAAAGAGAUUCCUCGACGGCAUUGCCAGGCUCGUCAAAGGCGAAGCCGCCAUCCCAGUGAAGCGAUGCAGGUUCUGCUUGGAGGUGCACAUCGUUGAAGUCGGGCACGAGAUCAGGACGUGUGAGGGCCCCGACAGCGGGUCGAGGAACUCCUUGCAUGUGUGGCGGCCAGGGACCGUAAAGGAUGUCGUCGGCUUCCCGUACUGCUACCACCUGUUCGAUCGCGUUGGGAAGUCGAGGGUGGUGCACAAGGAGAAGUAUGUCGUCCCGAGGCUCCCGGCGAUCUUGGAGCUCUGCAUCCAGGCAGGCGUCGACGUGGAGCGCUACCCGACCAAACGGAGGACCAGGCCGGUCUACUCCAUCGAUGGCAGGAUUGCAGACUUCGAGCUGGACGAGGAGGACGGCUCCCAAGCAGAAGCACCACCUGAACCUUUGCCGUGUCCAUCUCGACCAAGUUCUGCUCCUGCAGCCGAUGGCGCUGAGGGAACAGACGAAGAGAUGAGCGUGAGCGAGCUGAGCUCCAGGACGCUGCAGUCGUGGCUGGACAUGCGGUCGGGCGCGGCGAGGCUGAUGAGGAAGUACGGCGUGGUCACCUGCGGGUACUGCCCGGACGUGCAGGUCGGGCCCAAGGGCCACAAGGUGAGGAUGUGCAAGGCGAGCAAGCACCAGCAGCGGGACGGGCAGCACGCGUGGCAGGAGGCCACGGUGGACGACCUCGUCCCGCCGAACCACGUCUGGCACGUCCGCGACGGCGACGGCGCGCCGCUCGCCAACGAGCUCAAGAGGUACUACGGCAAGGCCCCGGCCGUGGUGGAGCUGUGCGUGCGCGGGGGCGCCCCGGUGCCGGCGCAGUACAGGAGCAUGAUGCGGCUGGACGUCGUGCCGCCCGCGCGCGACGAGUACGACCUCGUCGCCUGACACUCAGGCCGGUGAUGUUUUUGUGUUUUGGUGCAGUGCAGUGCGUGAA